AGAAAUUAGAGGCCCCUGCAGCAGCUUGUAUCAUAUGAUCAAUAGAUGAGACCAUAAAGGUAACACCCAGUUUUCACACAUCCAGUCGGCGCUCAUUGUGGCUGCAGGCAAUGUUUCGGCUCUUCGAGCAAAGUAGCGACUCCCCUUCAUCCUCAUAUGUUGACAAGUUUUUGGGAGCGACUAGGUUGAGUAUUGCAAACUUAUUCGCAAACUUGGAAACGGUUCUUUCACGUAUUUAUCGCCAUGGGAGGUAGACGCAGGAAUGCACCUGGAUCCGACGCGGAAUUCACGUUUGUUAGUCCAGCUGUGAAAUACCUGCUGUUUUUCUUUAAUUUCUUAUUCUGGAUAAUCUCCUUGGUGAUGGUUGCAAUUGGUGUGUAUGCCCGCACAAUAAAGCAUGCAGAAGCGGCUCUGGCGGGCCUGUCAGUCGACCCUGCCAUCAUGCUGAUGGUUGUGGGGGUCCUCAUGUUUGUCAUCACCUUCUUUGGCUGUGUGGGGUCCCUACGGGAAAACAUCUGCCUCCUGCAGAUCUUCUGUGUCUCUCUGACGGUGAUCUUCAUACUGCAGCUGGCUGCUGGUAUCCUGGGCUUCAUCUUUUCAGAUAAGGCAAGACAAAAAGUAACUGAGAUAAUCAACAAUGCCAUCGUCCACUACAGAGAUGAUAUUGAUCUGCAAAACCUUAUUGACUUUGGGCAGAAAGAGUUUGGCUGCUGUGGUGCUGUGACUUAUGCCGACUGGUCCCAGAACAUGUACUUCAACUGCUCCAAGGACAACCUCAGCAGAGAGCGCUGCUCUGUCCCCUUCUCCUGUUGCAUAAUAACCAAAGAUCAGGAGGUCAUCAACACCAUGUGUGGCCAGGAUGUGCAGACAUUAGAGUACCAGCAAGCUGGAAACCACAUCCACACCAAUGGCUGCAUAGACAAACUGGUUAACUGGAUCCACAGCAAUCUGUUCUUACUGGGAGGGAUUGCACUGGGACUGGCAAUUCCACAGCUGGUUGGCAUCCUUCUGUCCCAGAUCCUGAUAAAUCAGAUCAAAGACCAGAUUGAGCUGCAGAACUACAACGUUAAACACCGCAGUGACCCGUGGAGCUGAUCCAGGUUCAGAUUCUGAUAUACAACACCAGCCACUGCACAGUGUUCUCUAAUGGAGAUGAAAAUGAGCCGCUUAAAGGGCACUGGUGGAAAAAUGAAAAUCUGCUGCCACCUUCUGGACAAUCACCAAGUUAGGAUUUAUCCAACUUUUUUUUUUUUAAUUUAAGUAUUUUUUAUCUUCUUUUGCCAGUGGUGUCAAGAAAUGAUGUACUGUAUUUUACUAAAUACAUAAUAUAUAAUAUAUUAUCAUAAUGUAAACAAUGAGUUUUACUACUGAAUGUAACAAAUGAAAAGGAAAUUGUAUUUUAGUAUUCUGUCAAGACAUAAAAUGAAAUAAUUAUAUAUAUAUAUAUAUAUAUAUAUAUAUAUAUAUAUAUAUAUAUAAAGAAACUGGAGUUUCUUUUCUGGGCCCAAACACUGGGUCUUACGCCUGUUACAAAGUCAAAGGAAUAUCAUGCAACGUAAAAACAAUGUUGACUCUAAGGUGCUUAACAAAUAAUGAAAAACAGUUAAAAGAAUUCUUUUUGUUGUUGUUCUUCUUUUUUAAAUGUUGAGGUUUUUUAUAAGUUUGGGUUUUCUCUGUUUUGUAAUUGCCUUGCAUUUUUUAUUAAAUAUUUUUUUAUUGAUGUUUAUAUGUUAUAUUGUUGUCCUUUGUGAUGUUUUUGUUAAGUUUUGUACAGUUUUUUCUUGUAUGUUUAUGUGUUUCUGCAUCUCAGGGCCAAUUAAUCCCUCUUUUUUUUUACACUGUUAACCUUUUGUACCAGUGUGGCCAUGUAGGGCUGUUUGGUUAUCCCAUCAAGACCUUAUAAUGCACAUUAUGUCAUUACCACCCCACAGUUUAGCCAGCCAACUGCAUCAUUUUGUGGGUGAUUUUAAUAUGCUGUCAUUGCUUUAUAAAUGUUUUCCAAAGCUCUGAGGUCACACACGCUUCAUAUUCUUGCUAAUGCAUAUGUCAGAGACAAUAGAUUAUCUUAUUGCAUACUCAUUUUCUUGUGUAAGAAAUAAAAACAGUUGUCUCAAAAAAAAAAAAAGAAAGAUUCAGUAGACACACAAUAAAUGUCUGUAUUCAUGUGGAAAGGUU